UUGUUGCUGUUUCGUUUUAAGUUAAACCAUGGACCUUUUUCCCACAUAGAGAAACGGAGGUUGGCUAAGAAGGACUUGCCCAAAGCUAUUCAGGGUUAGUGGCUGCCCUCAAACUGGGGCUCAGGUCUUAACUCCUGACCAGGGCCCAUUCUACCCUACCAGCUCUUGCUUAUUUGGACCCGGAGUUUCUUUCCUGGGGGAGGGCAAUGUAGAAGCCUUCUCUCUCUGCCUCUUGGCCAGCCGCCCCCACCCCUGCUUCAGAGCUCCAGGGGUCGGCUCCCUCACAGCUCUGCAUCCGCUGCUCGCCCGGGCUCCCCCAGCACUUCUGCUCUCAGCCCCCGUCUGUGUCUCGCUUCCACAGGGAUAUCUGGGUGUGUGAGUAUCAGUGCUAUUGCCACUCUGAGUGUGUCUCACACCCAAGCUGUUGCCAGCCAAGUCCUGUCCCCAGAGAGGGAGGGGGAAAGACAGACAGACCCGGGAGCAGACUGGGAGUGGGGAAGUCACAGCGCCCUGCCAUGAGAUAGGGAAGAGGGAGAGGGGGAAGGCAGAUAGAAGAGAGGAGAGAGAGAGAGAGAAACAUGAGAGAGACUGAUCCGAUGGGGGUGGAGAGAGACUCACAGAUGGGAGAGAGAAGGAGAGGAAGACCCAGAGAGGGGGCGAAAUAAAGAUGGACGUGGGAGAGGGUACAGAGACACUUCUAAAGAAAAGUAGAGAGGUAGCUUGUGAGAGAGACAGAAAGGGGGAGGAGAGAGGGAGACAAGUCCGGCAGGAAACAAGAGGGCUAUUAGAGACAAGCAAAUGUCACCUGCCCUGGGGCUGCGGCCCUCUCUCGGUGAGGGAUGCGCUGAGUGUGCAGUCUGGCACCAGAUCCAGCUGAUGGACAUUGGGGGGUCCCAUUGCCUGUGGCCUGUCACAUCCCCUCCUCUGACUGCCGCCUUCCAGAGCUGGGCCCAGCCUUCCUUCAAUACCCUCCAGCCGUGCCGCUGAGGCCCGGCCCUCUCUGCCUGGAGGUGGGGGCCGCCAGGAUGAGCAAGCUGUCCGGGGAGCCGGCCCGCGACCUGGAGCGCAGCCUGCCGGCCGUGGCCUCCCUCGGCUUGUCGCUGUCCCACAGGCAGAGCCUCUCCUCGCCGCCUCGCGGGAAGCGCCGGGCCAUCUCCGACGUCCGCCGCACCUUCUGCCUCUUUGUCACCUUCGACCUGCUUUUCAUCUCCCUGCUCUGGAUCAUUGAGCUGAACACCAACACAGGCAUCCAGAAGAACCUGGAGCAGGAGAUCAUCCACUACAGCUUUAAGACUUCCUUCUUUGACAUCUUUGUCCUGGCUUUCUUCCGCUUCUCCGGACUGCUCCUGGGCUAUGCUGUGCUGCGGCUCCAGCACUGGUGGGUGAUUGCGGUAAGAUGCCACUUUCCUGGCAGCUCUCGGGCCCUGGCGGGGCUGGCGCAAGAGAUGGGAUGGAGGAGGACUCACUCCCCAGCCUCUGUGCUCGCUCUCUUCCUCCUUCCCUCCCCUGGGCAGGUCACCACGCUGGUGUCCAGUGCAUUCCUCAUUGUCAAGGUCAUCCUCUCUGAGCUGCUCAGCAAAGGGGCCUUCGGCUACUUGCUCCCUAUCGUCUCCUUCGUCCUCGCCUGGUUGGAGACCUGGUUCCUUGACUUCAAAGUCCUACCCCAGGAGGCUGAGGAGGAGCGAUGGUAUCUUGCUGCCCAGGCUGCUGUCGCCCGAGGACCCUUGCUCUUCUCCGGCGCCCUGUCCGAGGGCCAGUUCUAUUCACCCCCAGAAUCCUUUGCAGGGUCUGACAAUGAAUCAGAUGAAGAAGUUGUUGGGAAGAAAGGCUUCUCUGCCCAGGAACGGGAGUACAUCCUCCAGGGGAAGGAGGCUACAGCGGUGGUGGACCAGAUCUUGGCCCGGGAGGAGAACUGGAAGUUUGAGAAGAAGAAUGAAUAUGGGGACACUGUGUACACCAUCGAGGUUCCCUUUCAUGGCAAGACCUUCAUCCUGAAGACCUUCCUGCCCUGCCCCGCGGAGCUGGUAUACCAGGAGGUGAUCCUGCAGCCCGAGAGGAUGGUGCUGUGGAACAAGACGGUGACAGCCUGCCAGAUCCUGCAGCGUGUAGAAGACAACACCCUCAUCUCCUACGAUGUGUCUUCGGGGGCCGCGGGCGGUGUGGUCUCCCCCAGGGACUUUGUGAACGUCCGACGCAUCGAGCGGCGCAGAGACCGAUACCUGUCAUCGGGCAUCGCCACCACCCACUGCGCCAAGCCCCCGACACACAAAUAUGUCAGGGGAGAGAAUGGUCCCGGGGGCUUCGUCGUGCUCAAGUCAGCCAGUAACCCUGGAGCCUGCACCUUCAUCUGGAUCCUUAAUGCAGAUCUCAAGGGCCGCCUGCCCCGGUACCUCAUCCACCAGAGCCUCGCAGCCACCAUGUUUGAAUUUGCCUUUCAUCUGCGGCAGCGCGUCGGAGAGCUGGGUGCACGGGCAUGAGCAUGCCCCCUCACCACCCUGCGGGCCAGGGUCCUGUCGCCACGGCCUCCAGAGCCAGAGGAGGGGCCGGUUGGGCUUCCCACUGCCCACAGAGGACCUGGCCUCAAACAGUGGGGAGGAAGGAGCUUCCUCCCACAGCAGCCCCUGGGCCCCAAGCUGCCACCCUCCACACACUUCACUGUGCCUGGGAGCCCUGGCCGUGGGCAGGUCGAGAGCUCAAGCGUCUGACUCUGCCGCUGAGGCCAGUGGGGUCCAUCCAUCCUGCCGACGUUUACUUGGCGUCCCUGCCUCCUGGAAGAGGAGAUCCGCUGUCCCCACCUGGCCAGGCCGGGGUCUGGAAUGGGAACCUCGGACUUGGCGGGGGAGGACCCUGGGCAGGACAGAAGUCAGGGCAGCCUUGUCACCAGUGUGCAGGCGUAGGACCCCCUUCUUCCGCCUGCUCUCUCAUCACGGUGUUUUAGGAUUAUUUAAAGGGUCUGGGACCUUUUCCCACUUGCACUUGUGGGGGUGUAGGUUGCAGGUGGGAGUGGUGGGUGCUGGCACGGACCUGCCUCUCCCAGGUUCUCUCCAGGUUGCCUCCCCCAGCCCAGGGCCUCCUUGGGGACCUUUGUAAUUUGAGCCAAUUAAAAACAUGAACUCAAAAAAAAAAAAAGCAGUCCUUCCAGCCUGGCCUCUUGAGGGAAGAGAAGAGCAGCACCUCGGAGGUGGGGGAAGGAGCCGCCACAUGACACACCCU